GUUCUGGCAUUCAGUUGUGAAAAUUCUGCCGCGUCGGUUGUGUGCCCAGGCGCACGAACAGCACUUUUCCAGGCCGACAUUUGCCGACGGCGUCGGUUGAGCAUAACGCGCAAACAAACUAUAAAUUUUAUGAGCCCAGCUUAGCCACACUUAAUGGAAUAUUUCAACCGAAUGUGGAAUAGAACAUGGCGAAUUUAGUCAAAAUGCGUGCAAUUAUUCAACGCCUGACAACCGAUUAAUUGGCAAAAGAGUGAGUGCGGCGCAGCGCGGCGCGGCGGCAGGCAACAUUGAGAACAAACGGGAGAACAAACAGCUCGCGGCAACAAGUCGAGAGGCCCACAAAAAGUUAGCCAGGCAAACUGUCGAGCCGGUUAACGCCUCCCAAGUGCAUCAACAAACAGCAAACAGAGCGGCAGAGUGGCGGCAGCGACUGCGGCAGCUACAGCGGCCACAAAAACUUGACCGAUUUUUCAAUCAAUUCGGCGACGGCCGUGUCGCUAAUCUCGCCCAGAGAGCCCCCUCCCCCCCGCCGUUUACAAUCGCCAUCGAAAUCGCGAUGAUUUAUGCAGGUUAUUUGGAAAUUUCCGACAGAAUUCCAGAGCAUAUAUAUUCACGACUUAUACAUAUUUGAUAUGUAAACCACGAAUCGUGUAAACAAUAGAGUAAACAUUCCACAGGCCGGCGAUAUUGGAGGAAUCCGCUCCGUUUGACUUGACUAUUCGUGGGCGUGUGCAUAUUGACAUUGACCCCCCACCGGCGGUACGGUGUGCCACACAAAUUCGCUGUUCUGGAUGGAGACAGAGUGCGGGUGCCGUGGCCCACGAGACGAGAACGGAUCAGCUGGAGCAGCGGCAUCGGCGGUGGCAGCGGCAGCGAGACCAGGAACAGGCACAGGCCCCGGCCCACAGUCAACCACAGCAGCCACGACAACAACAUGGCCAUAAGGGAACAGCAACGAACAAACUGUAGUUCAUGGUUACAACAACCCAACAAACUGCUGCUAUUGGUGGUGAACACGGAUAUACAGCCAUCUGAAAAGUACCGCCAUGAAUGAGACAGAGUGCGAGGAUCUCAUCAAAUCUGUGAAAUGGACGGAACCAGCCAAUCUGAUCUCCCUGGCCAUACUCGAGUUCAUCAACGUUCUGGUCAUUGGCGGCAACUGCCUUGUGAUUGCCGCCGUCUUCUGUUCGAACAAGUUGCGCAGUGUUACCAACUUCUUUAUCGUUAAUUUGGCUGUGGCCGAUCUACUGGUGGGUCUAGCGGUGCUGCCCUUUUCCGCCACCUGGGAGGUGUUCAAGGUCUGGAUAUUCGGCGAUGUGUGGUGUCGCAUUUGGCUGGCCGUCGAUGUCUGGAUGUGCACCGCCUCUAUUUUGAAUCUGUGUGCCAUAUCCCUGGAUCGUUAUGUGGCGGUCACGCGACCCGUCACCUACCCAAGCAUCAUGUCAACGAAGAAGGCCAAGUCCUUAAUCGCUGGCAUUUGGGUACUCUCAUUUGUUAUUUGCUUUCCGCCCCUUGUCGGCUGGAAGGAUCAAAAGGCCGUUGAACAGCCGACCUAUUCGCGGGGAAACUAUACGCUUUUCUAUGCCACCACGAUGUCAAGCACAGAGGAUGGUCAACUAGAGUUAGAUAGCAUUAAGGAACAGGGCGAGCAGCUGGAGAGCUCCGCCCGCACUAGCAAUGGCAACGCCUACAAUCCCUACGAUCCCGACUUUGCCCCCAUCGAUGGUUCCGCCGAGAUACGGCUAGCAGCCAUGACGACCCCAAGCAGCAGCACCACCACCAGUACAUCGUCCCCAAGUCUGGCCACCACCGAAAUGGAGUACGACGUGCAGAACAGACCCCAGACAACGCCGGGCAGCUGCCCGUGGAAGUGCGAGCUGACCAACGAUCGCGGCUACGUACUGUACUCUGCCCUGGGAUCGUUCUACAUACCCAUGUUCGUGAUGCUCUUCUUCUACUGGCGCAUCUACAGGGCCGCCGUGCGCACCACGCGGGCCAUCAACCAGGGCUUCAAGACCACCAAGGGCUCCAAGGGCAUCGGAUCACGCUUCGAGGAGCAGCGCCUGACACUUCGCAUACACCGGGGAAGGGGCUCCAACCAGCACGACUCCAUGCACAGCAACGGGAGCACCCAGAGCACCACCACUACCCUGGGCACACCCUCGCCAGAGCGACUGUCCAAGUAUGCCACGCGCCGCCUUCACCACCACCACGACAAGAUCAAGAUCUCCGUGUCCUAUCCAUCCACCGAGAACAUCCACGAGCUGACCCACGGAGACUCCGGCCGUGACAGGCGAUCCUCGGGCAACGCUCUCUUCGCCGUCCACUACAACGGAUCGAGUGGACGCGAGUCCACGGAGUCGCAGCUGUACAGGCAGCAGCAUGCAGGUGGCAGCUCCUGCUAUCUGCAGGUGGGCAAGGCCCUGCCCGAACUGGGCAGGCGUCAGAGCAACACCAGCGAAGGAGGCGGAGGGUCUGGACACUCCCGUCCGGCCAAUAAGAAGAUGGGUCGGCGGAACAUCAAGGCCCAGGUGAAGCGCUUCCGCAUGGAGACCAAGGCGGCCAAGACGCUGGCCAUCAUCGUGGGCAUGUUCAUCUUCUGCUGGUGCCCGUUCUUCACGAUGUACAUCAUUCGGCCCUUCUGCCAGGACUGCGUCGACCCGCUGCUCUUCUCGGUUCUCUUCUGGCUGGGCUACUGCAAUUCGGCGGUGAAUCCCAUGAUCUACGCCUUGUUCUCCAAAGACUUCCGCUUCGCCUUCAAGCGCAUCAUCUGUCGCUGCUUCUGCUCCCGCCAGAGUGUCUCGCUGAAGAGCUCUCGUCGCGGCUCCGACAUGUCCGCCAUCCGGAUCCGGGCACGGACACCCAGCAUCACGCCCAGCGCGGCGGCCCACAGCUUUGGGGACGAGAGCGAGCUGCACCACUCCGAGAUGAGCAACGACCCCAGGUGACGUUCGUUUGGGCCCAGCUCAAGCUCGCAGAGCAGCUUGGGUGGGUUACGGAAGACGAGCCUCAAGGUGCCCGUCUACGAGAUUUGCCAUCCGCUGGUCAUGGAAACGGCCUGCUACUCCUACGUGGAGCCCUCCGGCGAUGCCUCAACCUCGGCAGGGAGCGGGCCCAAACGGACCCAGUUGUAGCCACGAGAGCUGCUGGCGCUGCGUGGACUGGGAACUGGUGCGGUUUCGAGGCCCGGGCAGCGACCAAGGCGCAUGGUUCGCAUCGAGUACAGCGAUGCGAGGGUCUAAGCCGGGAUAGCAUAGGUAAUAGUUUUUUCACUUCGAAAUCAUACCACUAGAAGAGGUAUGUGCCAUGACUUCAACCUUCCUUUGACAUGGAUGGAACAGGCUUUGGAGCAGCAGCCAGCCUAUACUACUCGUAUUACCCACCAUUGUACAUAGACAUCCUGUGAAUACCCUUUAUCGACUAAACGUUAGCCUAAGAUGGCCAAAGCGGCGAUAUGUCUGUACAUAGUUUAGCUAGGAUAUGGAUAUCGCUGUCGUUUGAGAGUUGUACCUUUAAACUUCCGUAUGAAUAAUUGUAUAAUGUAUGAUACUCGUAAGCCAAGAAACCAAAUUGUUGCUACUGGCAAAUAAAAAACAUUACCCCGUGCUAAAGCAAAACAAGAAGCAAAAAAAAAGAACAUACAGCUAAAUUCAUAAAUAGUCAAGUGUUAAUGUUGUACUCUCAGCUCGAAGAGCUUAUUCCGAUAAAUAUCUGUGUGUCCCGAAUACAUAAUCAAUGCAAUAAACGAACCCUGGCAUGCCCGAAAUAAUAUAUAUAGAUAAAGGCAUAGUACAUAUGUAUUACCCAAAAUAUACGAUUCUCAAGUUAAACGUUUUGUGUGCUACGAAAAAUAAAUGAUGUUUAAUUUAUUCGGCAACUUAAA